GCGUUAGGUCCGAGCCUCCCACACCCUGAGAACUACGCUAUACCCUUGCCUUCGCGACCCGACGGGCAGGGGAGCCAGGGCCGCCCGAAGCAUGAUCUGGCGGGGCCCCAGUGCAUCGCCUGGGAUAGCGCACUCAAUCUGGACGAACCUACUGGCAGCCUCAGACCGCCCUUGAGGAGGAUGACUGAGACAUUAUGGGCCACGCGCUGUGUAUCUGCUCUCCGGGAACUGUCAUCAUUGACAAUAAGCGCUACCUCUUCAUCCAGAAACUGGGGGAGGGUGGGUUCAGCUAUGUGGACCUAGUGGAGGGGUUACAUGACGGACACUUCUACGCCCUGAAGCGAAUCGUGUGUCACGAGCAGCAGGACCGGGAGGAGGCCCAACGAGAAGCAGACAUGCAUCGCCUCUUCCAACACCCAAACAUCCUUCACCUCGUGGCUUAUUGUCUGAGGGAGCGGGGCAGUAAACAUGAGGCCUGGCUGCUGCUACCCUUCUUCAAGAGAGGUACGCUGUGGGAUGAGAUAGAGAGGCUGAAAGACCGAGGCAACUUCCUGACUGAAGAGCAAAUCCUUCGGCUGCUGCUGGGUAUCUGCAGAGGUCUUGAGGCCAUUCAUGCCCAGGGUUAUGCCCACAGGGACCUGAAGCCUACUAAUGUCUUGCUUGGAGAUGAGGGGCAGCCGGUUUUAAUGGACUUGGGUUCCAUGAAUCAAGCACAGAUCCAUGUGGAGGGCUCCCGCCAGGCUCUGGCUCUGCAGGACUGGGCAGCCCAGCGGUGCACCAUUUCCUACCGGGCCCCAGAGCUGUUCACUGUGCAGAGUCACUGUGUCAUCGAUGAGCGGACUGAUGUCUGGUCUCUAGGCUGUGUCUUAUAUGCUAUGAUGUUUGGAGAAGGCCCUUAUGAUAUGGUGUUCCAGAAGGGUGACAGUGUGGCCCUGGCUGUGCAGAACCAACUCAACAUCCCACAGAGCCCCAGGCAUUCUUCAGCAUUGCGGCAGCUGCUGGCCUCAAUGAUGACUGUGGACCUGCAGCAGCGCCCUCACGUUCCUGUCCUCCUCAGUCAGUUGGAGGCACUGCAGCCCCCAGCUCCAGGCCAGCACACUACUCAAAUCUGACCAAACCAGUGGCCACGUUGAGGUGGCCCCUGUGCCUUGGAACAAGUCUGCCGUCUCUCACUGGAACCUCUGUUCUUUCUAUCCAGGCCUGCUCUCUUAUGGUUGAGGGCAGGGGGUUGGGGCAAGUCAGCUCAGUCUUCUAUCUCUGCUGUGUUCUCUUACCCCCAGAACAACUGGGUAGGGAACCUGAGUUGGGGUGGAUGAGGGUGGGGUAUGGGGAAAGGGAAACUGAAAGAACAUGGUAAAAGCUCGGAGCAGGACUGCUGAACGUACAUCAUGGUCUGCCUCCAAGUCUGGGAGCAGGAGAAUGUAUAAAUAAGAGAAUAAAGUGAGCCCUGCCUGGUCUGGCUCAGUGGGUUGAGUGCUGGCCUGUGAACCAAAGGGUCGCCAGUUUAAUUCCCAGUCAGGGCACAUGCCUGAAUUGCGGGCCAGGUCCCCAGCAGGGGCGCACAAGACGACCACACAUUGAUGUUUCUCUCCCUUUCUCCCUCCCUUCCCCUCUCUCUAAAAAAUAAAUAAAAUCUUAAAAAAAAAAUAAAGGGAAAGCA